AGUAUGUAUUUUGGUAUGUGCCGUGUACUACGUGUAGGGAUGGCCACAGAGUUGGCAAAUAAGAAGGCGGAGCGCGAAGCUCUGCGUGGUGUGAUUCAACAAUGGAACGCUAAUAGAUUGGAUUUGUUCGAACUUUCAGAGCCGAACGAGGAUCUCGAAUUUCAUGGUGUAAUGAGAUUUUACUUCCAAGACAGCGGUCAGAAAGUGGCAACAAAAUGUAUAAGAGUAGCGUCGGACGCGACAAGUCAGGCAGUGAUCGAAACGCUGAUCGAAAAGUUCCGUCCAGAUAUGCGAAUGCUUUCUGUUCCGGAAUACGCUCUUUACGAGAUUCACGAGAACGGCGACGAACGUAAGCUCGGAUUGGAGGAGAAACCGCUGCUAGUUCAGCUAAACUGGCACAUCGACGACCGCGAAGGACGUUUUCUGUUGAGAAGAAUCGACGACAAGACGAACGCGCAAGGCGUGGGUUUCUCUUGUUCGGAGGGAUCUAGCUUUCGCAGAAAGUUGAGCAAACGAGAAAAAAAACAAAUGAAGAAACAAGAGAAGCUGGGUCGUCUGAAGAGUUUGGAACAGGAAGAAAAUACAGUACCGAUCGAUCAGAAUGGUGUAGCCGAAAAAUUAUACACGGAACUACCGGAAACUAGCUUUACCAGAAGCAUUUCAAAUCCGGAAGCUGUGAUGAGGAGGCGACGUCAGCAAAAAUUGGAGCGAAAACUGCAACAGUUUCGCAGUAAAGACGGCGGUCCCGACACCGGUGGAACAUUGAAGAUUUAUGGCGAGGCACUUUGUAAGGACGUUCCGUAUAAAACUCUGUUGUUGAGCGUAAGAGAUUCGGCUGUUCACGUGGUGCGAGAAAUGCUUUCCAAAUACGGUUUAGAAAAGGUUGAUCCGCAGCAGUAUUGUCUAGUACAGGUAAAUAGCGAGCACGUAAACGGAGGAGCGCAGCAAGAGUACAUAUUGGACGAUGAUGAAUGCCCUUUAGCUAUUCUUAUGAAUCAUCCGUCUGCACGGGGUUCGAUCAUGUUCCAUGUGCGGAGAAGGCCCGCGGAUUACGUGCCUCGGAAACGCAAGAAAAAGCCUAGCGGCAAAUGGAACGAACUCGAUCACAGAUACGAGGACGAAAGAUUGCCAUUUUUGGUGGAACUAAAUCCCGACGGGAGCGAGGUUCCGAACGGUGCUGGCGCGAGACACCGAUUGCAGCCAAACGUCACGGAGGUGGGUUCGGAAAGGCCGAUAGGGCCGCAGGCGGUUCAAGCUCAAACUUUGACGUUGACCGGACCGACCGUUAUGCCGAGACACUGUGUGAUCGCUUUUACCGAAAAUAUCGUUACCCUCACCCCUUGCUCCAGAGACGCUCACACAUAUGUCAACAAUCAGCGGAUACAUCAAACGACGAUACUCCAAAACGGUGCGAUCGUGAAAUUUGGCAGACUACAUACCUUUCGAUUCAUCGAUCCAGCGCCUGAAGAACGCAUCAGGCGACACGAAUCUACAAGACAAAUCGAAUACGGUUACGAACGCCUGCUUUUGUACCGUAGACGCUCGCCAGACUUGACCGGUCAGGAGACAAACGUGGAGAGAUACGGAUCGGCAUCCGGCACUCCGAACAGUGGACAGAAUCAAGGGUUGCAGAAUCAUGGCCAGGCAAAUCAAGAACAAACUUCUCACCCAUCUAGCCCGAGCAAAUCUACGACUAAUUCCGCUGUCGGUUGUCAUCCUCAAAGUCCGACGCACGCGCCGGAAUCCAUCCAUAAUUACGAGACUACGUUCGAUCUCGAUGGAAACGUCGAGACCGCCAGUUUGACCAGCAGCAGGGACGGUAACAGAACGUUGCAGAACGAUCGACAAGUACGAGGAACGGAUCCGAUUCUACCGGCCGUACUGGAGUUUCUCGAGGAAACCGAAGAGACGUUUUUCCACGCGGUGAUCACGGACGUGGAACCGUCAGCGCCUCAAUUCAAAUUGGCCCCAACGUACACGCUUUAUUUGGCAGCGAGAUAUCGGGCGAGCACGCAUUACAGACCGGAACUACAGCCAACGGAAAGGGCUCACAGAUUGACCGUGAUGUUAGCGAACGUAGCCAGCAUGAUACAACGGGUGAUACAGGAACGAUACAUGGACGCGUCUUCUUUGGCGCUCUCCAUGACAGUCUUCUCGGUGAAGAUACCGAAACAGAAGAAAAACGGAAUGAGAAGCUCUCAUACGCUUAAUUCAUUGCGUUUUUUUCGUUUUGCUUUUUUCUUUCCUGCACGCAGCCUGCUUUUGUACCGUAGACGCUCGCCAGACUUGACCGGUCAGGAGACAAACGUGGAGAGAUACGGAUCGGCAUCCGGCACUCCGAACAGUGGACAGAAUCAAGGGUUGCAGAAUCAUGGCCAGGCAAAUCAAGAACAAACUUCUCACCCAUCUAGCCCGAGCAAAUCUACGACUAAUUCCGCUGUCGGUUGUCAUCCUCAAAGUCCGACGCACGCGCCGGAAUCCAUCCAUAAUUACGAGACUACGUUCGAUCUCGAUGGAAACGUCGAGACCGCCAGUUUGACCAGCAGCAGGGACGGUAACAGAACGUUGCAGAACGAUCGACAAGUACGAGGAACGGAUCCGAUUCUACCGGCCGUACUGGAGUUUCUCGAGGAAACCGAAGAGACGUUUUUCCACGCGGUGAUCACGGACGUGGAACCGUCAGCGCCUCAAUUCAAAUUGGCCCCAACGUACACGCUUUAUUUGGCAGCGAGAUAUCGGGCGAGCACGCAUUACAGACCGGAACUACAGCCAACGGAAAGGGCUCACAGAUUGACCGUGAUGUUAGCGAACGUAGCCAGCAUGAUACAACGGGUGAUACAGGAACGAUACAUGGACGCGUCUUCUUUGGCGCUGUGGCUAGCGAACGGUUCGGAAUUGUUGCAUAUGCUGAAGAACGACCGGCACGUGGGAGCGUUCUCGACGAGGGCACAAGAUAUUUUGACGGAGGCGGUCCACGCGGCGUUCGCCUCUCUGGUCCGAUGCAUAUCUCUCGAACUAGCCCCGGCGAUGUCGCAGUUUAUGGCCGAUGCCGACGAGCCCGCCAAAGAAGCCGGAGUUUUACAAAUAUUUUCUAGCACGAUGGCUCUGCUGAGGCGGUGCAGAGUAAACGCUGCUCUGACCAUUCAACUGUUCAGCCACCUGUUUCACGCGAUCAACGCGACCGCGUUCAAUUCGUUGGUUUCGAACGCGAAUCUGUGCGUUCGAUGGUUUGGUCGUCGAUUGAAAGCGAGAUUGAACGCGCUCGAAACCUGGGCCGAAAGACAGGGUCUGGAGUUGGCGAGUCAGUGUCACUUGGCGACGAUCAUGCAGGCGACGCACUUGCUGCAAGCGCCGAAAUACAACGCGGAGGAGCUCGCCACACUAAGUUCCACGUGUUUCAAGUUGAAUUCCCUUCAAGUCAGGGCACUGUUGCAAAAGUACCAACCAGCUGCCGACGAGCCGAGACUUCCAGCGGAAUUAAUCGAGAACGUAGUACGAGUAGCGGAAAGCGUGGCAGACACGCUCGCGCGUGCCGACGGUAGAGAGAUUCGACUCGAGGAAGAACCUACGCUCGCGUUGGCUCUUCUUCUUCCCGAGGAUGGAUACAGUUGCGAGGUGAUACGCGGAGUGCCACCGGGAUUAGCAGAAUUCUUGGCCCCGUUGCAGCGGGACGGACUUUGUCGAAUGGCCCCACAGCCCACCAGCAGCGGAUAUUGGACCAUAUAUAUGAUCGAUCAUCACAAUAACUUUCGCAGCCCCAGCGCGAUGAGCAACAGAUCCGGCGGUGGCUAUUCUUGCCACGCUGGAGGACCGAAUUCCGCUCAACCGGAAAUACACGUGAUCAAAUUACAUAAAUCGACCAAUGGAAUGGGUUUGAGCAUCGUUGCGGCGAAGGGCGCUGGCCAAGACAGACUGGGAAUAUAUAUAAAGAGCGUAGUUGCAGGAGGUGCCGCCGAUGCUGAUGGUAGAUUGACGGCUGGCGAUCAACUGCUCAAGGUCGACGGGCAAAGUUUAGUCGGAAUUACGCAAGAAAAAGCUGCCGAAUAUCUGGUGCGCACGGGGCCGAUAGUGACACUGGAAGUUGCCAAGCAGGGUGCCAUAUAUCAUGGUUUGGCUACUUUGUUAUCGCAACCGUCACCGGUUAUGAGCAGAGGACCUCGCCGCAUGAGCGAACGAGAUUUACCAUCGCGGCUUGGACGCGACCUAACCGCUCCUCAGCAACAAAUGCAUACCAGCAAGUCAGUGCCAGCAUUGCACAACGUAGGUACCGAUGGAAAGCAACAACACGAGGUAUUCAAUCCCGGUUAUAGCAGGGCGUCGUCCAGUAACAGCGUUACUCCUCCGGUUACGCAGCCUCUACCGAUCAACCCUAUCAACAGUUCGACGUCGUUACGCUCUCGUUCUAGUCACAAUUUACACGACUCGACGAGAAUCGGGAUGUUACCACCGAGUGGUCUUCUUGUCGGUAGACAACGAUCCUCGCCGAACUUGAAUCCUGGUCAAACGAUCGCGAACAACGAUCCUUCGAGUAACCUCGCUACCGCCUUGAACGUUCUUCAAGGAAACGAAGCCGAAAGGUUUUACCAAAAUUUGAGCAUCUACAGGAAUCAGGAUGCGACGGCGAAACAGCGAUAUAGCCCGUCUCAGCAUUCCGAUGAAAGAAAUCUUCUGCAGCCGCAGAAGAACUCGAAGGGCUCGCAAAAUUCGUUGAAUCGGCCGGGAACGUUCGAAACGAGCCAAAUCAGGGACCGGCCGAUAUCCGCCUACGUGUCUCAAAGUCAGCAACAACCUUAUCUCACCGGACAACCGCAGUCGCAGUCGCAGUCGCACCUACAGUCGCAAUCGGUAUGUGCGCCAACGUCGCUAAGAUCUCAAUCCUCGCGGGACACGAUACGACAAGAAGCGAAACUUCAGGAAAUGCAAGAAGAAGUGAGAAGGCGGGAACUACGAGCUGCCGUACCGGUUCCAUCGAAUCAGUAUCGACCUAGCGGCUCGUACAAUGUAAAAGCGAAUUCGGUCACAUCACCGAACAAUUCCUCCGUUCGUCCGACAAAAUCUCUUGGUCCCCAGCCGAACUUGGGUUCGAGUCCACCGAUAACGGUGUCGACGUCUCCAAUUUCGAUAUCUGGAUAUAGCGCGAGACAAGUCGCGCAAAGUACUUCGAGUUACGGUUAUUUGGAUCCUCAGUACGGAUCAUACAUGAUUCAGUACAGCAAAUCCUCCCAUGGGCAUGCACAUCAACAUCAACCUCAAUCUCAGUCUCAACCUCAACCCCAAACUCAACUUCAAUCUCAACCGCAACCUCAAAUUCAACCUCAAUCUCAAUCUCAAUCUCAAUCUCAAUCUCAACCGCAACCUCAACCUCAAUCUCAAUCUCAACCUCAAUCGCAAGCUCAAGCUCAAGCUCAACAUCAACAUCAACACCCGCAUCAGUAUCCGCAUCAACAUCAAUAUCAGCACCAACAUCAACAUCAUCAUCAUCAGCAUCAUCACCAAAGCGUGCAACAACAAAAUUUUUCACAUAUCCAAUACGGUAGUACUCCUCCAUCGAGAGGCAAGAACGAUUCAACAAGAUUACAGCCGAACGGAGCUAUGCUCGAUUUUGGAAGAGAGCAGAGUUGUCAAGACAUCGACAAAUCGUAUUCCGAUCAAACUCAUCGCUUGACCGUUGGUUCGCAGUAUUAUUUGAACGGUAAUUCGGAUGUACGAAACGACCAUUAUAACGCCGAAAAUAGCAUGAAUAGGUCACAGUUCGCUUCGGAAGUAAAUAGUUUAAAUACCGAUGUUACUCCGAUGAGACCUGCUCUUCCAGAAGAAGGAUAUACCGAAAGCCCUCCGCCACCGCCGCCAAACACCUCGACUCAUCCUCUCUAUAGCAAACAAUCGGAUUCCAGAUACACCGCGAGCAUGCAAGACCCUCCCCGCGGAGGAUAUUAUCCGGCAAAUGGAAUGGGGACCGGAUUGCAACCGCGUCAGUAUCAGUACAGUGCCACGAACCCUUGGCAACGAGAAGAAAAGGAAAAGGAACAAGCGCGCAGAAGGGAAGCGGCAAGACAGUGGCGAGAUCAACAGAUAGCGGAACUGAGUGCGUUACCACAUCGGACAUCCCAGCAGGAAGAGCAAUUAAGGGCGCUUCAAUUGGAGAGAGAUUUUCAAAAGAGAGCCGAGGAGGUUGCUAACCAGCAAGACGAUGACGAAGAAAGUAACGAUUUGGACGCGGAGAGUAUACAACGACUUCAGGGGUUACUUCGUACAACGGUGGCUCAAGAUCGGAACAAUUCGUUGGAACAGCAGAUGAUCCUGUCCAGAAACAACGCGGCGAAUCAUUCGAUCAGGGGAAACUAUGCUGCUCAAACUGUCGGUGGAAGCAUGCCCAUGCAUAGUCCGAGCAUCGUCGCGCACGGAAUCGACGCUCCACAAACUUCUCAGAACGUUUCGAGCGGUGGCGUCAGCCAACAAGAUAAUUCUGGUUCGCAUUCCUCGCUAACUUUUCAACGCGAACAAACCAUGCAAAUGCAAAAUAACGUCGGGCAAAUUUCAAUGUCGUCCUUGAUUCACUCGAACGCUUCUCAAAAAUCCGGUUCCCUUCCUUCCGUUCAGUUUAUCGAAGACAAAGAGGCACACCGUAGAUCGGACGAAGUUAGAAGAAGACAAUUGGAAGCUGGCUCGGAUGAAACACAGAAAAAGAAAGAGGAAGAUGCUAACAAACAACAACAAAUUCAACAAAUAUAUCAACAACAACAACAACAGCAGCAGCAGCACCACCACCAACACCAACAUCAGCAGCAACAGCAACAGCAACAACAACAGCAACAGCAUAACCACCCCAUCAUCACCCAUCAUUUGCCACAGUCGCAAUCCCAUCUGAAGAGUCAACAAACGUUACAUCCCAGUAUGUUACGGCUGGAUAACUUGACUAUCAAUGGACUUAACGCGUCUCCUGCGCAAAAUGGCAAUAACGAUGCGCCUCUGCCGCCAGAACGAGGUUCCAGUUUUGCGGUGAUGUCACAGCAAGGAGUCCUCAGAUCGAACAAUGCAACAUCUUCGAAUACUGUAACGUUAACCUCUCCGCAAUCGACGACCAUCAAGAGAGUUUCGUUUCACGAUUCGAACGCGAACGUGAAUAUUGAAUCUGGAACGGUGCAACGAAACUUAUCGUCCGGGAAUUUAACCACGAUUCCGUCCACGACUAUGGAUGUCAUCACGGAAGAUCCAAACAUUUUCAUUAACGACGCUGAAAUGUUGUUGGCAUCUCCAAAGACACCCGAAGGACCAGGUAUUCCGCUUAGUGGCAGUACACCUGGUGUAAUAGGCGCUCAAGAAGUUUACAAGGAUCCGCGGCAGAGGCGACUUGCCGAGAAGCAAAAACAACAACAACAAAAUUCUCAAGUUGGUCAAGUACCGGAAAAACUCAGUUUCAAAGAGAAAAUGAAGAUGUUCGCGAUGGAAACCGGGGAAGAUGGAACUCCGCGGGAUAAGGUGAAAAUAUCCCGUGCUCAGCGUGAAAUAGAUAACAUAGGAAAUCCUACAAGCGCGCUGAUUGGCAGUAACGGCAACAACGCCGGUAAUAACCACAACAACGAUAACAGUAAUAACGGUAAUGCUAUUACCGCUGUUACUGCUAAUAACCCUAAUAAUAGCAGCGUUAACUGCGGCAGCAGUAGCAGUAACAACAUCAAUAACAACAACAACAACAUUCACAACAAUAGAAAUUAAGACUGAACAUUGAAAUUUAUUUUCUGCGUAACGAUAAUAGGUUCGAUAAAAAUAACUGAUCCAUCGAUUCAAAUUUUUAUCACGCAAUAAGUAAAAUAAACGUUACGUUUUAUUUUCUAUAACGUAUCGUUCGAUAAGAGUAUAUAUCGAUAUAACGAGAAUUUAUUUUCCAGUAUUUCCGAAUCAAAAAAAAAAAAAAAAAAAAAAAAACGGAAAAACAUCCAGCGAAGUAGAAGAAAUCGUAACGAACUACGUCGCGCGAUUAAGUUACUGUCGAUCGCUAACAACGACCCGCGACACGCUAUCGACAUAGUAACACGACCAAUGUCUGAUUGAUUCGAUACCUGACUCUACUCGUUCCAAACUAGACCAAUUUAACGUCAACGUUUUCAUAAUUAGACGCGGCAACGAAUAAAGUUUGAAACGAAGCGUCCCGUUGCUUCGAAGGAAAAAAUCGUCGUGCAGUCAAUUUAACCGUGGCGGUCGACGAUUGCGAGGAAAGAGUUACAUGUUACGAAUGUACAUAGAUAACGUUAGUUUAAUUUUUAGAGUCACUCGUUACGUACGACGUUCUUUCGUAUUUAUAUGUUCGUCGAUGCGCGCAUCGGGUACAGAGUACUUUGCGCGACGCGAAUACGCGUAUACGCGUAUACGCACGCAUGUUUUCGUUUAUUUCGCCAACAGACACACCGAUAGCUUUAACGCGAUCGUUUGAUAGAACGAGCACCGAUUAAUCAAAUAGGCAGCUUUAAGUAAAUCAACGAUGAAAACAUCGUUUAAGGCCUGUAUGCGGCCGCUAUAGACAAAUUUCAAUUUCAAUUUAAAUUCCGAAUUCGUUUCGAAACAGCGGAAGGAGAUUAUUAUGUAGUUAUUACGUUAUACUAAUAGAUGGAGAAAAAAGAAAAAAAAAUACACAUUGUUACGUCGUUAGUUCCCCGGCUUCGGCCUCGAUUUAUCGCAGUUUCGUUCGGUAGCGUUUCGACGAAAUUUCAUUCCGUACGUAUUCCCAUCGACCUAGCGUCAUCCACGUAAGCGAUUAAUAAAUUCUUCUCGUCUAACGUCGGUGUUUUAACGAAGAGAAAAGAAGACAGAAAAAAACGAACAUAAACCCAUCAGUUUUACACGUUCGACCCGGCUAUUAAUAUUUCUCUCGACAACUUUGUUCAUUAUUUUAUUGUUAGUCCUUCGUAUACAGGACCGAUAUACACGUGUUUUAGAAAGCGUGAAAAAUGUAGAAAAGGAAAGGAAAAUUAAGAGAGAAACGUGCAGCGAAUGAAAAUAUUUUUUUGUCGAAUACAACAAACGUAAAAUAUUGUAUCUGCACUAUAUUUUUUCUAACGUACUUUCAUAUCUCUCGAGAAACGAAAUUGUUUCGUUAACGACUUCAAAUUAAUAUUUUGACUCUACAUCUUGUUAGCAAAUAUAUUGUCACAGUUUACUAUUGUAUACGUUAUAAUUAUACUUUUAUAAAUCA